UUCAUCAAACUUCUCCCUCAAUUUCUAGUCUGCAAUCUGUGACCACCCAAUUUUACAGAGGAAUUCCAGACAAGAGCUGUCGAAGGUUCACCGCUGUUGAAAGCUCGCUGCUGUCGAAAGCUCGCCGUCGUCGAAGGCUCUUCGUGGUCGAAGGCUCGCCGCUUACGAAGGCUUUGCCGCACUCUGCCAUCGCCGAACUGUCGAAGGCUCUACCACCACUGAAAACACUUCUUUAACUAGAAAGAGAAGCAAAGGGAUACCACUUUGCAACCAAAGUUUGUUGGGUCGGAGUCGCUUAAGACUGAGUCGGUGAAUAUUAAAGGUAAAUUAUGGCCAGUAGGAGCAAUGUCAAAACUCCAAAGAAGGUUGGGAACACUUCAAAUUCGAGCUUUGCUUCUCUAGAAAAUAAUUGUUAUGAAGGAGAACGUCUCACCAAUCUACUCCAAUCAAUCCGUAGAGAGAUCGGAUCUGCAAGAAAUGCAGAUGGAACUUCCUUGCCGGAGAAAAUAUGGUUGAAGCAACAAUUCUCUAUCGGGGUCAAUGAUGUAACUCGUGUCCUUGAGCGCAUGAACCCACGCACUGAAUUAGAAAGGUCUGCUCAGCUCUUCCCUUUAAGAAACACCAACAAUAAAGCUCCUUCAGUUAAGCUUCAGGCUGUGCUUGUAGCUUCUGAUUGUAACCCACGAUGGCUGACGAAGCAUCUACUAAGUUUGGCUUCAUCAAGGAGUGUGCCCCUUAUCUUUGUUAGAGAUAAUAAACACGGUUCCUUCAGAUUAGGUGAACUUGUUCAACUAAAAACUGCCAUUGCUAUUGGAAUUAAGGUUAAAGACAGCAGCAUAAAUAAAAUUAUUGAGGAGGUUGUACAAAGCGAUAGAUUUGAACCUCCAUUUGACGGUCAAAAUUGAGCAAGAAUAUUUUGAUGUUGAAGGGGAUUUCUAAGACCCUUUCAGAGAUGUAAUACUUUGGUAGAGAUGUAUAUUGGAUUCAUAACCAAUAGUAUUGGCCUCACACUCUAAAGGUGUCGUUCUGUUUUUUCUGUGUCAAGAGAUGUUAUUUUUAAUUAA